CGCGUGAAGCACAAGAUGGGCACUGGGCGGGUGUCACCUACUAGGAAGCACCUCUGAUUGCACUCUCAGCACCUCGCUGCUUCCAAGGGGACCGGAGGAGCCCGUGUCGGGGCGACACGGGGACACCGAGCCCCCGCCAGCGCUGUUCGCCCUUUGCCCGCAGAGCCGGCGCCCCCCAUGCGCCAGGCAGCCGAUCGGUGGCGUCUGGGGGCGCCAUGGCCUCGGAGACCGCCGCGGCGGCGGCGGCGCCGGGCGAAGCGGAGGAGACCACGAGGCUCCGCAAGCCUCGCUUCUCCUUCGAAGAGAACCAGAUCCUGAUCCAGGAGGUGCGCGCCCACUACCCUCAGCUCUACGGCGCGCAGAGCCGUCGGGUGAGCGUGGCCGAGCGGCGGCGAGUUUGGGACAGCAUCGCCACCAAGAUCAACGGCAUCACCAGCUGGAAGCGCACCGGCCAGGAGGUUCAGAAGCGUUGGAAUGACUUCAAGCGCCGCACCAAGGAGAAGCUGGCCCGCGUGCCGCACUCCACGCAGGGCGCGGGGCCCGCCGCCGAGGACGCCUUCUCCGCGGAGGAGGAAACUAUUUUUGCCAUCCUGGGGCCGGGUGUGGCGGGGCUCGGGGCUGGAGCUGGGGCUGAGGAGUCCCCGGCAGCCGCCUCUGCACAGGCUCAGGUUCCGACGACGGCUGGUUUGCAACGGUAUGUGCUGUCAGAAGACCGCAGGCAGGAUCGACGGGCGGAUACCCCAGCCCAGAGCAAGGGGGGCUCCAGCAGCCCAGAGUCCUGGGCUCGGCCCUCUAGCAAUCCCCAGGAAGCCAAGGAGCGUGAGUCCCCGUCCCCUGCAGCCAUGCAGCCCGUCCAGCUGCCCCGCCUGGCCCUGUCUCUACCGCUCCCUGCUCCUCCACCGGCCCCCACGGCGCUGGUGACCCAAGUGGCACCUUCAUCCCCUAGCCCACCUCCUCCUCGGCCCACCUCAGCCCCAGAACAGUCCCUGGACUUCCUGCGAGCUCAGCAGGAGACUGCCGAUGCCAUCCGGGAGCUGGCUGGCACCCUCCGGCAGGGACUGGCCAAACUGAGCGAGGCCCUCAGCGCCCUGUUACCCCUCCUGCCGGGAACGCCAGCCGACCCGCUGCCUCCGCCCCCACCGCCACCUCCGCCCCCGCCUCCCAAGCCGGUCCUGCCACCACCUGCCCCCAAGGUGGAGAUCACCCCGGAGCCUGUAUCCGUGGUAGCGGCUGUCGUGGAUGGGGCCGUAGUGGCAGCUAGAGGAGUGAUCGUGGCCCCUAGGAGUGAGGAAAGGGUGCCCAAACCACCCCCAGCCCCACCACUUCCCCUCCAGGACUCACCCCCACACAAAAGGAGGAAAGGUUUCCCUACACGGAAGAGGCGGGGCCGCUGGAAGUCUCCAUGAAACCUGCUCCGUAUGUCCAUGCUUCUGCCUGCAAACCCCUCUCUUGCCCUGCUUGGCGCAGUCGAGGAGGAAGAUGCUAUUUGCUCAUCCCCGCUGCACCCUGGCUUCCUGCUCUAGGGGAGUGAGCACCCCCACUUCCUGUGCUAGUUAGUGCCUGAUUCUCGGGGUGAGUCCCUGGGCGGACUCCCUCAGCCCCUUAACUCUGGUACAGUGGUGUCUGCCUGACCGCC